UUCAAAGAAAAGAAAUCUCCUACUAUAAGGACGUAGAGCUUCAACUAAUGUUAGCAAAAGCACCAUUCUCAACUCUAAAUAUGGCCAAGUCUCUUAACCAUCUCAUUGUGUUAUGUUUCCUAGUAGUUGCUCCUGUAUGUCUCUCCAUGAAAUCCCAAGGGGGUCCUCUCUACCCACAAUUCUACGGCCAUUCUUGUCCAAAAGUUGAAGAAAUUGUAUGGUCUGUGGUUGCCAAGGCUGUCGCUAAAGAGCGAAGAAUGGCAGCUUCCUUGCUUAGGCUCCAUUUCCAUGAUUGUUUCGUCAAGGGUUGCGAUGGUGGUGUGUUGCUAGACAGCAGUGGAACCUUAGUAAGCGAGAAGAGAUCAAAUCCAAACCGAAACUCGGCUCGAGGUUUUGAGGUCAUUGAUGAGAUCAAAGCAGCUGUGGAGAAAGAAUGCCCUAUGACUGUGUCAUGUGCUGAUAUCUUAGCCAUAACUGCUAGAGAUGCUACUGUUCUUACUGGUGGACCAAGCUGGGUGGUACCAUUAGGAAGAAGGGAUACUCUAGAUGCUAGUUUGAGUGGCUCUAACUACAACAUUCCUGCUCCUAACAACACCUUUCAGACCAUCCUUACCAAAUUUAAGCUUAAGGGGCUUGAUUUAGUCGAUCUUGUCGCGCUUUCAGGGAGUCACACAAUUGGAGAUGCUAGAUGUACUAGCUUCAGGCAAAGGUUGUACAACCAGAGUGGAAACGGGCAACCAGACAACACUCUAAACCAAGCAUACGCAUCUGUAUUGCGUACCCGUUGCCCGCAAUCGGGUGGUGAUCAGACUUUAUUUAACUUAGACUAUGCUACCCCUUUCAAGUUUGACAACAGCUACUACAAGAACUUAUUGGCUUACAAAGGCCUACUCAGUUCUGACCAAAUUCUAGUUACCAAAAAUCAAGCAUCAAUGAACUUAGUGAAGCAAUAUGCUGAGAACAAUGCGCUAUUCUUCCAGCAUUUUGCUCAGUCUAUGGUUAAGAUGGGAAACAUUGCUCCUUUGACUGGCUCAAGGGGAGAAAUCAGAAGAGUCUGCAGAAGAGUCAAUCCCUAAUGUGGCCAUAAACUAUGUUGCAAGGAAACAAGUUAAAUAGCUUUCAGCCAAUUUCGGACUUUAUUAGCAUGGAAACGGUUGGAGUUUCAACAAAACGUUUUGGAAACGGGGAAACUUAGGGUCCUGGUUUUCGUGCUUCUUAGAGAUUAUUUAUAACUGUGUGUUGUAUGACAGAAUCACCUUAUUUUGGGGGUUAAACUUUAAAGUGUUCAUUGUUGUGUUGAGUGAAGAGUUGAUAUUCCUUGGUAUAUCUAAAGAUUGUAAGUCAGAUAGCAUAGCAGUUUGUACGCAACUAUGUGUAUGUGUUUAUAUCUUCUCUUGCAAUAAAAGAUUGUUCCAGUGUAAAAA